CUGCACUCCACGCAAGGGGAACAAAGAAAUAAAGCAAAAACGAGGCGAAGACAAAACUAAGAAAACAGCAGCUGACUUUUGAUUGCUUGAUUGGCUUUGGCACUUUCCAUUUUCAAACAAAUCGGAAGGCCAAAACUCUAUUGUCAUUAGGCAGGCACGGGUACCAGCAUACCUCCCUCUUUCAUGACUGGGUGGUUUAUAAAGUGAAUAGCGCUGUGUUCAUUUCAUGACACUUGGACGUUUCACCAUCAGAACAAAGCAAGCAAAGCACAGACUCGACAAAGGAUAUUAAUCAUCCGGCGGCUACACUGCCAAGCACUUGUUCAGCAACCAACACUAAUACUUCUUCUUCUCCUCCUCCUCAUCUUCCUCUCUCCUUCUUUUUCUUCUUCACUCCCCUCUCACUGCUACUACUCUUGCUAUUUGACCUUUCCAUCAAACUACAGAUUGUGAAGACCUCUCUCUUCACACUCAGCAACGAUGAGGAGACUUUUUGGAAGCUUCAAGGGCAAGGGUUCUCAAAAACGGCCCAACGAGAAUCGCGAGUCAUGGGCUUCGAGUGGUUCAUAUGCUGGGCCUAGCCAGUCCGUUUUGAGAGAGCCCUCUUGGGAAGAUGGAGAUAGCAACGACCAACCUCCUUCUUAUUCUUCGCUCGAGCCAGCUCCCUCUUCAGCUGGCCUGUCCGACUCCAAAGCUCCAUCUAAUCCCUAUGACUCUAAAGCUCCAGUCAAUCCGUUCGACUCCCCGGACGAUGUGAUUGCCGAACCUCAUGUUCCGGAGCGUUUGCAAAAAUAUUCAAAUGGCGAAGACCCGUUUGCGUUUCUGUCAUAUUUCGACACCGUCUUCGUCAUCGAUGACUCUGGCUCCAUGUCAGGCAAGUCCUGGGAAGAGGUAGCCGGCGUCCUUCGAGCCAUCACGCCAAUUUGCACCACUCACGACAAGGACGGCAUCGACUUGUAUUUCUUGAACCAUCAAUCAAAGACAAAGAACACACCCGAGGGCAAAGCACCAUACGGGUACUACAAUAUCGAAACUCCCGAAGAGAUAACGGAAAUUUUCAACAAAGUUAAGCCCAACGGCAUGACGCCUACCGGCUCGAGGCUGCGGAGCAUCCUUCGACCUUAUGUUGGUGGCUUGCCCACUCCUAAAGAAAAAUCCAGGAAUAUCGACGACGUCAAGCCAAUCAACAUCAUUGUCAUUACUGACGGCGAACCUUCAGACGACCCAGACUCUGUCAUUAGAAAAUACGCAAUUGAUCUCGAUAAACUUGACGCUCCAGUGCAUCAAGUCGGCAUCCAGUUCUUCCAAGUUGGGAACGUGCCUAAAGCCGCAGAGGCGUUGCAACAUCUAGAUAACCUCUUUGGAUCCGCGAGCCAGGUCCGGGACAUGGUGGAUACGGUUAGCUGGGAUGCCAACCCCCUUAGACCAUUCCGUCCCAAGACCCUUUCUGCAGACACCAUCCUCAAGGUAGUUCUCGGAGCAGUUAUUCGCCGCUUGGAUAAGUUGCCUACUGUGAAGAAUGUCUAAGAGAGCUCCUCUUGGAGAGGAUCAGAGAUGUCCCAGCGAUGGGAAUAGUCACUUGGGUUGAAAUAUUCUUCAACUAAGUGGACGUGGCAAUUUUUUAGGCAGAUAUGCUUUUUGCUUUACGGUUUUGUAAAGGUUUCUUGAUAAUUUGGUUUUGGGGGACAUGGGCGAGAGAGCUUCCGAUUGAUGGUUGGCAAGGUUGACUACGCCUUUGUAUCAAAAAUUACGGUCUGGGCGGUAAUAGACACCAUGGGUAUUACGGUUAUCACAUUGGACAAGGGUUGGGGAGAAUAGAAAGGUUUAAUCCAAAGGCUAUUACUCCACGGCAAUCCCAAGAGGCAAAAUCUAGAGAGAAAGCACGUCAUUUUCUGAUAUUUCCAAGUGUU